AUGACAGUCUGCUUAAAAAUUUACAUGUGUUUAAGAAGUCUUAAUGAUUGCAGGGUUUUGAUUUCAUUGCAAAUCAAUGCAAUGGUUUUACGAGAUGUUUUACAUCUAGUAUCAAACAUUGACAACUUCAGGUUAACCCUGAGGGCUAUCAAACUGUGGACCAAAUGCCACAACAUCUACUCCAAUAUAUUAGGUUUUCCUCGGUGGUAUCUCCUGGGAUAUGCUUGUAGCAGGAACUUGCCAGCUUUGUCCAAAUGCGAUAGCUUCAACUCUUGUACAUACAUUUUUCUUGGUAUUUUCUAA